UACACUACUUUGCUUGGAUGGGCAGGCAGCUCCGAAACUCCCCAGCCCAACUGGCGGUCUGAGAGAUUUUGUUGGACUCUUGUUACUGCGCCACCAAGUUGUCUAAUCGAGACUGAAGACAUAAGUCUUCUGCCUGCAUCCAUGGCUGUGAAUUUUCCAUGGAUCUACCCUGUUCGGGUAAUCCAGGCCAUCUUUGGAAUAAUCGUCCUUGCUUUAACCGCAUACUACAUCAGUUGGUUUGCGUAUAGCAGCGAUUCGCCCAAUUUCAUGCUUUUCGUUGCGUGCUGGACAGCCUUCAUCGCAACUCCCUAUCUUGCCUUGGCGCCAGUAUUCUUCCCCCAGUUGGCGCAUCGGAUCGUCAUCCCAGCUGUCGAAGUGAUUACCAUGAUAUUCUGGUUCGCAGGAUUCAUCGCCCUAGCUGUAUUCCUUCCACCAGCAGAAGCCUGUCACUGGAGCCGUUGCAGCGCAUUACAGGCCGCAACCGUGUUUGGUGCACUCGAGUGGGUACUAUUUCUGGUUACUUCCGUUUUUGCUGUCCUCGGCAUUUCGCGUACCCGGUCCAGCUCCAGUACGAAGCCCACCCCUAACGAUCAUACCCACGUUGGCGUCUAAAUGGAGUCGGUAGUGACGGUUCCAUGAUACAUUUCUGAAUAAAAGUACAACAACUAUUCGGCUAGCGGCGGAGAAAGCCCUGAAUUAGCCGGCAGUAUGAUGAUGACGUCAUUCUUUUUCACGACUACUACUUCAUCAGUUGAUUCAGGUACAGCGAGGUUGACGACGGUAAUGAUGGUAAAUGAUUUGGAAUACUCGGAGGAUAGAAGGAUAUGGA